AUGAUCAUAGUAAACGGCGAUAUUGUUGCCCAAGGAUCCCAGUUCGGUCUCAAAGACGUCGAGGUGGUCACCGCCACAGUCGACCUCGAGGAAGUCAGAUCAUAUCGAGCAGCCAUCUCCCGCGGUCUCCAAGCCGCGACCUUGAAUGCCAGGUAUCAAAGAAUUCAGACUCCAUUCGAGCUGGCUCCCGAAGAUGACGACGCCGAUAUCGAAAAGCGACCCACCCUCCCCAUGCAGCCCAGAAUGCACCCCGUCGAAGAAGAGAUUGCCCUCUCUGGCGGAUGCUACCUCUGGGACUACCUUCGCAGAUCCGGAACGGCAGGCUACCUCGUUCCCCUGAGCGGCGGUAUUGACUCGUGCGCUACCGCCGUGAUUGUGUAUUCCAUGUGCCGCAUCGUCAUGGAUGCCGUCGAGGAGGAAAAUCAACAGGUCAUUGAAGAUGUCAAACGACUUUGUCAAUACAGCCAGGGUGUGUUGCCCAAGACACCGCAAGAAUUGUGCAACCAGAUUUUCACCACCAUCUACAUGGGUAUGAAGAAGCAGAGCUCUCGUGACACUCGCCAGCGCGCAAAGGAUCUUGCCGAGGCCAUCGGGAGUCACCACGUAAACCUCGAUAUUGACGAGAUAUACGAGGCUCAGAAGAAGCUCGUCGUCAACACCCUCAAUUUUGAGCCUAGGUUCGGGGUGGAAGGGGGCAGCAACCAAGAAAACUUGACGCUGCAGUGCUUGCAAGCCAGAAUCAGAAUGGUAACAGCAUACGAGUUUGGGCAGAUCCUUCCAACCGCGCGCGGAAGACCAGGAGGCGGCAGCCUGCUCGUCCUCGGCAGCGCAAACGUUGGAGAGUCUUUGAGGGGAUAUCUGACAAAGUAUGACUGCUCGAGUGCGGAUAUCAACCCCAUCGGCUCCAUCGACAAGGCGGACUUGAAACGCUUCAUCGCAUGGGCCGAGAAAGAAUUCGACCUACCCUGCCUCCACGAAUUUCUGACAGCCGUUCCCACGGCCGAGCUGGAGCCCAUCACCGAGAACUAUGUUCAGAGUGAUGAAGCCGACAUGGGCAUGACGUACGAAGAGCUCACCACGUUUGGGCGCCUCCGCAAGCUCAACAAGCUCGGCCCGUUCGCCAUGUUCCAGCGUCUCGUCCACGACUGGAGCAUCGACCGGAAGCACGUCGAGGGCGAUACCGCGCCACACUACACGCCUGCUCAAGUUGCGGAGAAGGUGAAGAGGUUCUUCCACUUUUAUGCCAUCAACCGGCACAAGAUGACAACCUUGACCCCAGCCCUUCACUGUAAUGAUUAUUCACCGGACGACAACCGCUUUGAUCUCCGACCGUUCCUGUACCCUAACUUUUGGAAGAGCUGGUCCUUCAAGAGGAUUGAUAUGGAGCUGAAGAAGAUUGAAAAGAAGCGGGCCAGUAAGGGGAAGUAG